UAUUGCCUCCGACCUGAAGAGUGGUACUUCUGGAUCGAUCAUCAUUGUCGAAGGGUACACUGUCUCUUGGUCCACUUCUUACGAAAGGAAUUCAUCAUGGUUGUCAAGGUUUACGUUGAUUGGCGCUCCCAGCCUUGUCGGUCUCUCAUCAUAUUCCUCAAGAACACCAAGAUUCCCUUCGAAAUUGAGACGAUUACUCUGAAGGAUGGAAUUCACAAGAAACCUGAGUUUGUGAAGAUGAAUCCUCUCUGCACAGUACCGGCCAUCCAAGAUGGAGACUUUGGAAUGGGGGAAACCGUGGCGAUUAUUCGGUACUUGGCAACGAAGUAUGCAGACCUAGUCCCAGACCACUGGUACCCAAAGGACCUGGAGAAAAGAGCCAGAGUUGAUGAAUACAUGGCCUUUCAUCAUACAGGAACAAGAGGAGGAUGCGGUGGGAUCUUCUUCAGUGAGAUCGCCAUGCCCUUCCUUUCUGGAGGUAAACAGCAUGCUUCAGAGGAAAGGUUGAAGACAGACACAGAGAACCUAACCAAACAACUAGACAAGCUGGAGAAUGCUUUCUUGCAGGAUAAUGAUUGGUUGGCUGGAGAUGAUAUCUCUGUUGCUGACGUGCUCGCUGUUUCCGAGAUGAUGCAGAAUACUAUAAAUGGACGUGAUGUAACAGAGGGUCGACCUAAACUCAAGGCCUUCGUAGAUCGUGUGACAAAUCGCCUUAAUCCUAUUUUUGAUGAAGUCCACGCAGUCUUGUUCGAAUUUAGGGCUAACUACAAAAAAUAGAUUUCUCAGCUAGUCAGCCACAAUGUCGAAAACCGCUAAUACUUCGAAAACAGCGAAAUACAGUGUCAUUGAUCAGGUUCUUAAGAAGCAGUGUAUACAGUGCCCUCAUUUUCCAAAGAAGUAUCUAUGAAAAUACAUGCGAAAAAUAACUAGGCUACUGAUCAUAUAUACUUUUUUGAAAACUGAUGCUCUUCACGGUUUCAUUCUAAUGUUUGCCAAUUGAAAAGUUUUGAAUAGAAUUAUCAUUUAAUUAUUUCGAAGAUAAUUUACCAACAGCAUUUGUUUAAAAAAAUAAUGUAUGGAUCCGUAGAUGUUUUACUAUGCAAAGUUUCCCCAGGCAUUUUGUACACACUACCUCGACGAGGGCUCUACAUUCACUGUGUGCUUUUCGCUGCUUUCGAAGCAUUUGCCGCUAAGCAUGGAUUUUUCAAAAA